UAGGGAGCGGUUGCGAUUAUGCGUUCUAAAAGAUCUGGAUCAGUAACUUGAUGUAAAUACGUCACCAAUCACAAAUUGAUGUAAAUCGUAUAGUUCGUUACAUAAGAAUCAGAUUUAACAGUUGUUCGCUCUUGUGAUACAAUAUCAGGAGCCAGGAGAUAAGUUGAAACACCUUGUAAAUUCUAUAGUACAUCUAAUCAAAGUAUGCCAUUAAUGUUGUGACGUGUUAUUUUUUUUUAACUUUUAACAAAUAGUGAAUUAAUCGCGAAAAUUGGCUGAAAACGUACAAAUACCUCAGGAAGGUAAAAUGAUGCAAGAUGAGCAUCUGGGUGGUCCUGCAAGACGAAAUGUUUUCAGUCAAGCAAUAGGAAGAAUAUCACAGUUAUAUCAAAGAUACCUGGACCUUUGGACUCCUCAUGUUAUAUCAAGAUGGACAGUUGCUUUUUUCCUAGUACUUGCUUUUUUUCUGCGUAUAUUCAUCUCAGAAGGAUGGUACAUAGUCACAUAUGCACUAGCAAUUUAUCACCUAAAUUUAUUCAUAGCAUUCCUUACUCCUAAAAUUGAUCCUGCAAUGGAUUUUGAUGAUGGUGAUGGACCAGAAUUACCUACAAGAUCAAAUGAGGAAUUUAGGCCGUUUAUUAGAAGGUUACCUGAAUUUAAAUUCUGGUAUUCUGUGAUGAAGUCUACAGUUAUUGCUAUGAUAUGUACUAUGUUUGAUUGUUUCAAUAUACCAGUAUUUUGGCCCAUACUUGUCAUGUACUUCAUAACACUAUUUUGCAUUACUAUGAAGCGUCAAAUAAAGCAUAUGAUCAAAUACAGAUAUCUACCGUUCACUCAUGGAAAACCAAAGUACCAGAAUCACGAGGAUACUUCGAGGUUAAUACCUUCAAAGUGAAUAGGUGUGAAGUAAAAAUCCUGCUACUAGAGAGAUCAGUAAAGUAAAACUACGCUGGAAGGAAGGAGAAGGAUUCAAAUUUCUUAAGCUAUGAAUUGUACAUAUCAACGAACAGACAAAUUGAUAUUUUGAUUCCAACAGCUCAAUAGAUUUUGUCAGAAAAGGCGAAAAAUUGUCGGAUACGAGUGAAAUGUAAUUUGUAAAUAUUGUUGCGUUCGAGUUACUUAACAUGAUACGAUGACACCUCCAUUUAUAAAUAUUAACGGUGACAUAUUAAAAUAUUUAUUUUAUAUCGGGACACUUGGAAAAUUGAAGUAAAUCUCACGAAUCUUUAGAAUUGUGAUUAAAAAUCAUUUUGCUCGUAACUUUAGACUUUAAGAAGAGAAAAAAUCCAUACGCUCAAUAUUGUAAGAGAAAUCUCACCGACUAUGUAUAAUAAACUUGAAUUUUUUC